AUGUCCGACACCGGCAGCUUCGAGGUCGUCCAGCACGAUGAAGCUCCCAAGGCCGCCUCGGGCUCCCCUAGUGCAAAGUCCACCGUCUCGGCCGCCUCCUCUAUGAAGAAGCCUGCCUCGAGCUCCGCCACUGCUGCCCGCCGUCCCACCACUUCUUCCACGACGAGCACCGGCAAGCCCGCGAGCACCACCUCCUCCACCUCCUCCCGCCUCGCUGGCGGCCUGACCAAGCCUCCUACUCGUCCCCCUGGUGGCGGCUCUGCCACCUCGACCAGCACCGUCCGCAAGCCCGCAAGCGUCUCCUCCAACACCACCCACCGCUCGCGGCCCAGCGUGUCCGCUUCUGAGGACGAGAGCAAGAGGACCGCCCGCCGCACCUCGACUGCCCCCAACAGCAACCCCAGCGCCGCCGGCUCGCCCACCAAGGAGAAGAGGACCUCGACCCUCGGCGCCGCCACAGCCGCCGCAAGGAAACCCGCGACCUCCUCCACCGGCUCCACCGCCGGCAGGCCCUCGUCGACCUCGACGCGCACCCCGAACUCAGUCGCGCCUCGUCCCUCCAUCGGCUCCCGCUCCUCGACCGCCGCCACCGGCCCCGUCGCCGAGGCCAAGAAGCGUCUCUCGACCGCCUCGAGCACUGCCACCGCCGCCGCCGCCCCCCGAGCCCGCACCUCGACCCGCCCCGAUUCCUCGGGCGCAUCCGAGGCCCUCGGCAAGGAGGUCGAACAGCUCAAGGUCCAGCUCGCCGAAAAGGAGACCCAGCUUGCCGACAAGGAGUCGCAGCUGAACGAGCUCAAGACCCAGGUCCAGCAGUCGCAGGACAAGCUCGCCCAGUACACUGAUGGGGUGAACAGGGAUGCCGUCCAGGUGAGGAACGCUGUCCUCAACAUGAAAAAGGCCCACCAGGACCAGGUUAUCGAGUUGGAAGCUAAGCGUACCGAGCUCGCGAACCAGGUGGAUGAGGCCAAUGAACAUCUUAUGGCCACCGAUGCUGACUACGAGAAACAGCAGAGCGAGUACGCAGAGGCCGUCGCCGCCAAGGAGGCCGCGCAGGCCGAGCUCGCCGAGCUGAAGCAGUCCCUGGAGGCCCUCCAGGCCGAGCACGAGGAGAAACUCAAGGAGAGUGAGUCUGCUAUGAACAAGGCCUUGGAAGAGCACGCCAGCAAGCUCGAGGAGCUGCAGAGCUCCCUGGCCGAGCAGCACAAGUCGGCCAUCGAGGCGCUCGAGGCCAAGCACGCCGACGAGCUGAGCCAGGGAUUGUCCGCCACGACCGACCAGGAGGAGGCCCUGGCCAAGAUGAAGGCCGGCCACGAGGACGCCGUCGCCGAGCUCCAGAAGAAGAUUGACGACCUCACUGCCUCGCAGAAGGAGCUUGAGGCCGCGCACGAGAGCAAGAUCACCGCCGAGGCCGAGGCACACGAGGCGAAGCUCGCCGCCGUCGAGGGCGAGAUCGCCGACCUCAAGAGCAAGCUCGAGGCCGCCGAGACGACAGCCGAGCAGGCCAAGGCCGAACUCGAUGCCAAGACUGCCGAGCUGGCCGAAGUGCAGGCCAACGUCGCCGACCUGGAGGGCAAGCUCGCGGCCGCCGAGGCCGACGUCGCCAAGGCCCGGGAGGAGGCGCUCGAGUUCCAGAAGCAGAUUGACAGCAUCAAGGAGGAGGUGGCCGCCAAGGAUGAGGCCCUCGAAAAAGCCAAGGCGGAACACUCGGCCCAGGUCAAGAAGCACGACGCCGAGCUCAAGCAGGUGUCCCAGGACUACGAGGAGGAGAUUGAGUCGCUCAAGGGAGACGCCUUCUUCAAGCGCAAGUUCCAGGACCUCGAGGUCAAGCACACCGAGCUCGAGACGGAGCACGGCGAGCUGAAGACGACGCACAGCGAGCUCACCGCCAAACUCGCCGACCUCGAGUCGAAGCACACCGAGCUCACCACCAAGCACGGCGAGCUCGAGGCCCAGCACGGCGACCUCGCCAAGAGCCACGCGGACGCCGCCGAAGGCAAUACCAAGGCCCUCGAGGCUGCCAAGGCCGAGCUCGCUGCCGCCGUUGCCGCCCUCGAGGCCAAGGAGGCCGAACAUCAGAAGGCCCUGGACGCCAUCCGCGCCAGCCACGCCGAGGAGCUCGAGGGCGCCAAGAGCGGCGCCUCGGCUGACAAGGACGCCCAGCUCGCCGAGCUCCAGAGCCUGAAAGACAGCCACGCCAAGCAGCUCGAGAUUCUGAAGAGCGACAGCGAGGCGAGCCUGGCCAAGGAGAUUGAGGCUCUCAAGGCCUCCCACGCCGAGGUCGUCGAGGCCCUCCAGACCGAGACCUCUGGCGAGAAGGAGAGGCUGCUCGCGGAGAUGACGAGCGCAAGGGAGAAGGCCCUCGCCGAGAGCUCCGGCGACAAGGAGAAACUGUUGGCCGCCCACGAGGAGCAGCUCGCUUCCCUGACCGAGAAGCUGCGGGCCGAGCACGCGGCCGAGCUUGCGGACGCCAAGGAGAAGCUCGUCGCCUCCCACCAGGCCGAGCUCGAGGAGGCCAAGGCGGAGCUGGCCGCCAUCAAGCAGGCCAGCGAGAGCGCCCACUCGGAAGAGCUCGCGACCCUCAAGAUCCAGCUCGACGAGGCGCUGACGCGUAUCCGCGAGACGGAGACGGAGAGCGCUGCGGCGCUCGCCGAGGCCAAGAGGAAGCUCGACGAAAGCCACUCGGACGAGAUAGAGAAGCUCAUUUCGAUGCACGCGGAGCAGCUGGAGGCGCUGAAGCAGCAGAGCUCCUCGGGUGCACGGGCCGAGCUCGACGAGAUCAACAAGGCCCACUCCAAGGUGGUGGAGGAGCUGACGAGCGAGUACGAGGCCAGGAGCAAGACGCUCGCCCAGGAGGUGGACAAGAUCUCUGCCGACUACUCGCAGCUCGAGGCCGCGCUCCAGGCCGCCAAGCAGUCGGUCGCCCAGGCAGAAGCCGAGAAGGCCAAGAGCCAGUCUGGUGCGGCCGAGCUCGAGGCCGCACUCAAGGCUGCAAAGGACUCGGUCGCCAAGGUCGAGGCCGAGAAGGCUAAGCUCGAGGAGGAGUGCGCCGAGCUCGGCGCCAUGAUAUCGACUGAGAAGAUGGCUCGUGCCGAGGCCGAGGCGGCCCUCGACGCCGUCAAGGACAAGACGCCCGACACAUCGGAGGCGGACAGCCUCCGGGAGCAGCUCAACAACGUCAAGAAGGGGCUCGAGGAGGAGCUCAGCAUCGUCCAAAAGAGCCUUGCGGCCGCCAAGCAGGAGGUGGAGGACCUCAAGGACGACCUGCUGCUCGCGCAGAAGGAACUCGAGGCGUCGAAGCUCGAGGCCGACAAGCAGCUCAAGACGCACAAGGCCGACUACCAGGAGCUCAACGACACGAUGACCAAGAUCGUGGAAGAGGAGCAGGCCAAGCGGAAGGCGCUGGAGGAGCAGAUUGAGGGUCUGAAGAAGACGCUGGCCGACAAGGAGAAGGGCGUGGAGGAGUUCCAGGCGCAACUCAAGGUCAAGGACGCCGAGAUUGCGGAAGCCAAGGCCAAUGCGGCGCUCGCGAAGCCCAAGGGACUCGCGGCAAGCAGAUUCGCAGACGGCGACGGCGAGGCGGAGGAGGCAGCGGACAAGCCCGCGGAAGGUGAGGAAGAAGACCAUUCCUCCGAGGCACUAGCUGUGCUGCAACGAGCUAGAGUCAACGCGAACCAGAUCCAUAACAUGGACCGCGACAUGCAGGAGAAGAACCUGGCCAUGCUGGAGUCCAUCACGGACUUCCAGCAGUCGCCGCAGCUCAACAACUAA